GUCUGUAAUCGCACGCUGGCCUUCAUCGGCGAGACAUGUCAAGUCGCUCGACCGAAUACCGCCUCCUUCUACGAUGCCGUCGAAGAACACACAACGGUCUCUGCUCCGUCUGCCUUCGACAUGGGCCAGGUCAAGCCUACUGCCGACAUUGUCGAGAUGUCGGUUGGAGCGCUAUUUGAGUGGGAUGGGCUGGAGGCUUGUUAUGAGUUCGUUCAGGAUGCCUUGUCUGUUCCUGCUCUGGAGAUUGUGAAAGUUCAUGCCGCCAAGUCAGUUCAGUCAUCGAUUUCCGACGUAAGGGGAGUAGAAUUCAAUGCCACGGGUAUGGUCCAGAAGCGUCUCCUCGACAUUCGCUCCGUUCGCGACUUUCAGAAGAAAUUCGCAGACUACGUCCAAAGCGAGGUCCACAGGAGCUUGACCCCCGAGAACGACAACUUCUCCCGUCACUCUGAGUCUCCACAACUCUCGAGCACCGCUGUCGCGGAAGUUGAAUGCAUCCCAGGCCCACCCCACCGCCUGGGCUUCGAUUCCAAGUUGCCCCCACCGAUUCAGGCAUUGGUACAUGCACCAAUCAGGAAAGCGCUGGGAGCCAUCACGAACGGGAGGGAAGGGGGGAAUCUGUCGCCGCUUCCUAAAGCGAAACAGUCCUGGCGUUCGAAAGAAAGGAAACGGCCGCUAGUGUCAGCUCAGGGGGUCCGGGGUCACUAUGUGCCACCCGCGAAACGAGCUCGCCGGGCCCAUACUGACGAAGUCGUUGAUGACAGCUACGCUGCUGUGAUGCAUAGCAGAAGUAGAGCAUAGAGGAGAAUCGCAUCCUAUUAUCCCAUACAUGACAUUCAUGUUUGUACCAUCCGCCGUUAUUGU